AUGGCCGAAUCACAAUAUGUCAUCCUCGAAGGCAAACCGACGCCGCAAAGAUACCACGAUAUCCGCAAGCUCGCUGGCAUGACGCCCCCACCAAUUGAAGCUGUACCCAAGGCGCUCGCGAACUCUUUCUACAUGAUCGUCGCCUACAAGCGCAAAUACAUGCUUGACGGUACAACCCCCGGGUCUGCCCAGGAUGUUGUCGCAAUGGGCCGAUUAGUCGGCGAUGGGUCGCUUUUCCUGAUCAUGGUUGACAUAGCGGUGCACCCAGAUCAUCAGCGCAGAGGACUGGGAAAGCGUAUCGUGCAGAAGCUUUUGGACUACGUGGACGAGCAUGCACCUCUGGCUUAUGUGAGCCUUGUAGCUGAUGGACCGGCACAAAAGCUAUACCCGCUUUAUGGAUUCAAAGAUGUGUCGCCUAGUAUUGGCAUGUACAGGAUGAACAGGCCACCGAAGGAUCAACAGGACAUUGCGACAGAUACACUACAGUCUCUCCCUAGCGAGUUGCUCCAACUCAUCGUCGCCUACCUCGACACUCCCACGCUCAAGCUUGUAGCUCUAGUCUCUCAGACACUCAACCAACAUGCGACGGAUAUACUGUGGCGGAACGUCUGCCUGACUGACCAAUGGAAAUUACACCUAAAUGAAGAGACGGAUCUGAUGUGGGGGGAACGCGGCCGUGGAGAACCUGAUGAGCACGACGAUACACCUAUUGUCCAAAAACUGCACAUACUUGCGACUAACCCUGCGAUUGCAUCUAAAGUUCAGACACUCUCCCAUCGAUGCCACCUUCCAGCGCCGAACAUCUUCAAUGAACUCCCACGAAUGCGCUUCGACGCCGAUAAUCUCUCACAAGAUGAACGACUACAUACUCUCGUCAAGCUCGCGAUACCGAACUUGGUCAACGUGCACACACUACGGAUCAUAUACGGGCAUUGGAGGCUCACAAACGCACUCAUUACUGGCUUCCUCGAUGAAGGUCGACCACGACGUAUGCCUGUGCGCAAACUGUGGCUAGAGAGCUGUUGCUUCGACAAGACUGAACUAUACUGGCUCCUACAAAACAAAGCCACCGGACUUGAAAGUAUCCGCUUGCGUAGACUUGGAAAGGAUCUGUCAGAUCGAACGGAAACUCAGCAGCUACAAUUCAUGGAGUUUUCGCUUUCGCGUGGCGGGCAAUAUUAUACAAUGCAUAAUGGAGCAGGAGGUUUUGUUGGUACCACCAUCCAGAUCUCUCAUGAGGGUUUGCCGGAACGAUGGCCGCGUUCUUCAACACAAGAGUUAAGGGACAAGGCUAAGGCAUAUGACGCUAUCAUGUGGGAGGAGCUUCCGGAGAUUAGAGACUACAUCGAUGCGAAUCCGGUGUCUUCCAAACCUAUAUCACUUGGAAAAAUUGUGCCUGACCCCAGGCCCUCAAUGGAGUGGCUAAUUGCAAAUUCCGCUUCUACACUUACCAGUCUAAAUCUAGACUGGAUACAUUGGCGUCGAAGGGAUGUAGAGCCAUCUGGUUCAAUCACUGACUCUGAGGUGUUUCUGUCUUCACUCAGCGGUUUGCGUUUCCCGCAUCUACGUGCCUUUCAAAUUCGAAAUGCUGUGUUGCCGCUCACGAUACUCCCAAAGAAUGUCUAUCUCCUGGAAGAUCCCUUCUUGGAGUUCCUCGAGGCACACCCCAAAAUCCAGUGUCUCGGCUGGCCAAUGGACAGGAUAUACAACCAUGUUAAGUCGACUGUUGAUAUUCAAAAUCGAUGUCGAAGUCUGGUCGCGCAUCUGGCAAACACGCUGACAGACCUUCGAAUCGAUACACAAUAUGGGGGACCCGGCGAACCACUUACGGCCAAAUGUAGCACCAUGGAAGAUAUGCAAGAACGUACGCGUCGACGCAGAUUCAUUGACGAAUUUGCGCCCCACAUGCGGAAAGUCGAGCAAAUCAAGCUGGAAGGUGGUAUACCACGCGACGAGAAGCGAGAGUUACUCCGUGCACUACAUUGGUGUCCCAUAAAGAAAAUUGUCAUGAUUGGCGUUUCUUUCCCAGCAGGAAAUACCUGGGGUGCGGGAGGACAGCAGCUGGCAGCCAUUGACCCUGGUCAAGCUGGCUCUGAGUUCAUCUAUAACCUUGAAGAUGAGGAUCUUGCAGGCAUCCUAGCCGCCUAUCGUCGCGGCUUCCCUAUGCCUGUAGACUUCAAUUUCGAACCGAACUACGGUUGGCCACCUCAAGCACCUCUCCUCCAAACUAUCGCCCUGCACCACGCAUCUACAGUCGAAGAGCUCAAGAUAUGCGGUUACAAUGGCUGCCCGAUCCUUUCUUACACCACGCCCAUUACCAAUCCCCUUCUAACCGGUCUCCGCUCCUUCGACAAUCUUAAACAACUUGUAAUCUCCUUCUGGUUGAUGACAUGGUACGAAGACUCCUACCGCGACCCGGAAAUCAUCCAAUCCUGGCUCGACACACGUUCUCCAUCAUCUACAGCACUUACUAUUGUAACACCUCCCGCUUCACCGACACACGAUCAACCAGUUGAUCCGGGCCAGUUCCCCAACUUCGGCAACCAACGCGUUGUGCCACGAAUCCAGAACUUCAACCGUUGGGCUGUGGAACUCAAAACCAAGUUUACUCCAUCUGCACUCGCGUAUCGUGUCGCAAGGGACAUUGGGCCAUUCUUGAGCGAAGUGGCCAAAGAGAGGAAGGGUGGUGUACGUGUAAGGGCCAGUUUUUGCUUGGGUGCGAAGGAGGAGAGGAGAAGUGCGAGUGACAUAUUCGAUCUAGAUAUCAGAGUUGGAAGAGGCAAUCAGGUUCUAGAGUUUGUAGGACCAAGAGAGGAAGGCGAGACAGGGAGGUGGUGGACGAAGAUCGAGGAGAGAAGGUGGUUCUGA